CCCUCCGAGGGUGUGGAGCGCCCGGGACACGGGGACCCCGAGAAUCCAACUGCUCCCACCCUGCGGGACCAGGAGCGGGGCUGGCGGUACUGGCGGCACUAUUUCCGGGCAGGGGGCGAGGCCGGGGGACCGGGCCGGCCUGGGGCGCGGGCACGUGUGGGGGGCGGACCCGCCGAGGGUCGAGGCCCGCCCCUCAGAGAGCUCCUGGUGCUGCUGUCCCGGCCCGGGGCCCCAGGUGCGCUUCGCCUAGAGAGGGAUUUUCCGGUCUCGUGGGCAGAGGAAAAACCAGGAACUCGGGCUCGGUCUCCACCCCAAAGCGGGGCGGAUCCGUCCCGGAUAAGACCUGCCGUCUGGCCCUGAGCAGGGUGUGACCUCCGCAGCCGCAGAGGAGCGCAGCCCGGCCUCGAAGAACUUCUGCUUGGGUGACUGAACUCUGAUCUUGACCUAGAGUCAUGGCCGUGGCAACCAAAGGAGGUACUGUCAAAGCUGCUUCAGGAUUCAACGCCGUGGAAGAUGCCCAGACCCUGAGGAAGGCCAUGAAAGGGCUCGGCACUGAUGAAGACGCCAUUAUUAGCGUUCUUGCCUACCGCAACACCGCCCAGCGCCAGGAGAUCAGGACGGCCUACAAGAGCACCAUCGGCAGGGACUUGAUAGACGACCUGAAGUCAGAACUGAGUGGCAAUUUCGAGCAGGUGAUUGUGGGGAUGAUGACGCCUACGGUGCUGUAUGACGUGCAAGAGCUGCGAAGGGCCAUGAAGGGAGCUGGCACUGAUGAGGGCUGCCUAAUUGAGAUCCUGGCCUCCCGGACCCCUGAGGAGAUCCGGCGCAUAAGCCAAACCUACCAGCAGCAAUAUGGACGGAGCCUUGAAGAUGACAUUCGCUCUGACACAUCGUUCAUGUUCCAGCGAGUGCUGGUGUCUCUGUCAGCUGGUGGGAGGGAUGAAGGAAAUUAUCUGGACGAUGCUCUCGUGAGACAGGAUGCCCAGGACCUGUAUGAGGCUGGAGAGAAGAAAUGGGGGACAGACGAGGUAAAAUUUCUAACUGUUCUCUGUUCCCGGAACCGAAAUCACCUGUUGCAUGUGUUUGAUGAAUACAAAAGGAUAUCACAGAAAGAUAUUGAACAGAGUAUUAAAUCUGAAACAUCUGGUAGCUUUGAAGAUGCUCUGCUGGCUAUAGUAAAGUGCAUGAGGAACAAAUCUGCGUAUUUUGCUGAAAAGCUCUAUAAAUCAAUGAAGGGCUUGGGCACCGAUGAUAACACCCUCAUCAGAGUGAUGGUUUCUCGAGCAGAAAUUGACAUGUUGGAUAUCCGGGCACACUUCAAGAGACUCUAUGGAAAGUCUCUGUACUCGUUCAUCAAGGGUGACACAUCCGGAGACUACAGGAAAGUACUGCUUGUUCUCUGUGGAGGAGAUGAUUAAAAUAAAAAUCCCAGAAGGACAGGAGGAUUCUCCACACUUUGAAUUUUUUUAACUUCAUUUUUCUACACUGCUAUUAUCAUUAUCUCAGAAUGCUUAUUUCCAAUUAAAACGCCUACAGCUGCCUCCUAGGAUAUAGACUGUCUGUAUUAUUAUUCGCCUAUAAUUAGUCAUUAUGAUGCUUUAAAGCUGUACUUGCAUUUCAAAGCUUAUAAGACAUAAAUGGAGAUUUAAAAAUAGAAAUAAAAAUGUAUUCCAUGUUUUUAAAAGAUUACUUUAUACUUUGUGUUUCACAGACAUUGAAUAUAUUAAAUUAUUCCAUAUUUUCUUUUCAGUGAAAAAUUUUUUAAAUGGAAAACUGUUCUAAAAUCACUUUUUUCCCUAAUCUAAUUUUUAGAGUAGCUAGUAUUUUCUUCAUUUGAAAUCGUAAGCAUCUGGUUAGUAAGAACGCCCAUCCAGUUUUCUAUAUUUCAUAGUCAAAGCCUUGAAAGCAUCUACAAAUCUCUUUUUUUAGGUUUUGUCCAUAGCAUUAGUUGAUCCUUACUAAGUUUUUCAUGGGAGACUUCCUUCAUCACAUCUUAUGUUGAAAUCUCUUUCUGUAGUCAAAGUAUACCAAAACCAAUUUAUCUGAACAAACUAAAUUCUAAAGUGUGCUUAUACAAACCAUAUACAUCUGGUUACCAAACAUAAAUGCCGAACAUUCCAUAUUAUUAUAGUUAAUGUCUUAAUCCAGCUUGCAAGUGAAUGGAGAAAACAAAUAAGCUUCAAACUAGGUAUUCUGGGAAUUAUGUAAUGUUCUGAAUUUAGUUUGAUAUACAGAAAACUUUUUUGUGCUAAAAAUACUUUUUAAAAUCUUUUUCAAUUUUGUUGAUUGUAGUAAUUUCUGUUUGCACUGUGCCUUUCAACUCUAGAAACAUUCUGAAGAUGUACUUGGAUUUAAUUAAAAAGUUCACUUUGUA